AUGCAGCACCUUACCCCUGUGGACAGAAGUGAGAGUGGGAGCCUGGGCAACUUUGCGAAUGACCAUCCAGGAUCUUCAUCUAACAGCAGUAACAACACAUUAAACGGAUAUGUGGCCACACUAUUGUCGGCUUUAACUUCAAACUACUCGAACCAACGCAUCAAUAACUCCAAGCACUUGAUUCUACAAUUCUUGACUGAAAUCGUCAGACGAUCCAAAUCGUCUCAUCAUGUGGUCAUCCAUGCCACGUACCUGUUCCACCAGCUUUACACGAACGGCCUGAAGCGUGUGUCUAUGACGGGCAUGCCAGAAUUUGCGAGAUGCUCCAAGAGAGUGUUUCUCUCAUGCCUUAUCCUAGCCCACAAGUUCAACAACGAUAGCACCUUCUCCAUGAAGACGUGGGGGCUUAUCUCGGGCUUGAAAGUGCGGGACUUGGCCACGAUGGAACGGUGGGCUCUUUCUAUUUUCGAUUACAAACUCUACGUCAGUGCCUCGGUUCUUGCCAAAUGGUACACCGAAGUCUUGAGCGAAUCCUUCGAGCAAACCCAGCAUCAGCAGCCAUGCUCAAGAAAGAGACCCCUCGAUCAUCACCAUACUGGCGAUGCCGACGAGUCACAUUUAGAUACUCCACAUAAGCUACGUAAACAAGCUCACAUUGAAAUACGGUGA